AUGCAAGCAUUAAGUAAAGCUAUACAAUCGAAUUUAUUAUUUUCACAUUUGGAUGAUGGUGAAAAAUCGGAUAUAUUUGAUGCAAUGCAACCAUUUAAUUAUAAAGCUGAUGAAACAAUAAUACAACAAGGUGAAGAAGGAGAUUUUUUUUAUAUUAUUGAUCAAGGUGAAGUUGAAGUAUAUGUUAAUAAUAAAUGUGUAACAUCUAUAUCCGAUGGUGGAAGUUUUGGUGAAUUAGCACUUAUUUAUGGUACACCACGUGCAGCAACAAUUAAAGCUAAAACUGAAUGCAAAUUAUGGGCUAUUGAUAGAAAAACUUAUCGACGUAUUUUAAUGGGUUCAACAAUUAAGAAACGUAAAAUGUAUGAAGAAUUGUUAUCAAAAGUUAAAAUUCUUCAAGAACUUGAUCAAUGGGAACGUUUAACUGUUGCUGAUGCUCUUGAACCUAUACAAUUUAAUGAUGGUGAUAAUAUUGUUGUACAAGGUGAAAAAGGAAAUGACUUCUUUAUUAUUGUUGAUGGUACUGCUGUUGUCUAUCAAAAACCCUCGGAUGAUGAACCAGCUGUUGAAGUAUCAAAAUUAGGUCCCUCGGAUUAUUUUGGUGAAAUUGCUUUAUUAUUUGAUCGACCUCGUGCUGCUACAGUCAAAGCCAAAGGCCCAUUAAGAUGUGUUAAAAUGGAUCGUAAUCGAUUUGAACGUGUACUUGGACCUAUAUCGGAUAUUCUUAAACGUAAUGUUGCACAAUAUAAUUCUUUUAUUAAUUUGGCUGUUUAA